AUGACUAUGCACAGCCUGAUGCAGACAUUGGAUAGAAUCUCACUGCCUCGCUGUCCCUGAUUGUUUCUAUCUUUGACAAGUUCCUGCAUCACUCGACCAAUUGUUAACCAUCCUCAGGAAAGUGAUGAACACAUCUCAACAAUCCACUUGGAAUACAAUGCCCUUCCUCUUAUUGAGGCUCAGCAGGCGGAGGCAUCAAGUCCAACAACUCAAACGCCAGUUGAUCGUCACCGAACCACCUCUUGACUUCAUAUCAGCCUUGGCUACGUUUGGCAGACACAGAAUACACCAUGAACUCUCGACACACCUCCCGCAACAGCCAUCCGGCAAUCCCUAUCCUACGCAUUUCCACCAUCAUAUCUUCCAUCCUACCGCAUACGCUCUCUUCUGGUCCCUCCUAAUCCUCGCAAUCCGCGGCUUUUACAGCGUCUUCAUCCACCCCGCAAUCUACAUAACAUUCGGCCUGAUCGCCUUCGGCACAAUUCUGGGAUGCUGCGCUGCAAAGCUGCAUUUUGUGACGAGCUAUGGAUCGCAGUAUUCGUGUGACCGUAGAUAUUCGGGGACGUGUAAUAUAUAUUCAAUGCAGCUGAGGGUGAUGGAGUAUUUUGGGUGUGUAGUUGGCUUUGGGUUGUUUGUUUGGGCAUGUUCGGUUUGCUCAAAAAGGGUUCGUGGUGUGCAGAAGGGUUGAGACUGGGGAUUGCAGGGUUGGGACACGGGAAUGUUUUGUUAUGGGUGAUGAUGAUGAUGAUGAUGAUGAUUUGUAAUGGUUAAUGUGGGGUCUGGGAAUGCGAGUUCACGA